AUGGAUUAUCUAGGAAUUAUAGGGGAUUUGUUUGUACUUGCAGGCGCGGGGGAGGAUCCGAGUCUUCUUCGAGCAGCAGUCGCCGAUGGUUCGCGGAAGGCGGAAAUCAUGGACGAGGUAGAAGCGCACCACAACCAUCACGAUGACCUUCGCUCUCGCACAGCCGAGGAUCAGUGGGCGAAAGCGCCCACCGAGACGGUGGUUGGCGGUCUGCCUGACGAGCACCGUGAGGCCGAGAAGCGUCGAAAUCACUUCCUGGCACGACGAGAGACGGCCAAGGCGAAGGCGGCCAAGCGGAAGAGGAUUCAUACUUUUUCUCAGACGGAUGAGGAAUUGAGCGUCGAGGAAUUGGACCAGUGGAUCGCCGAGAAGCAGCAGAUGGCCGCGGUCAUUUCUCAUCGCGACUGGGGGAUUCUGGCCGAGAGGCUCCGGAGGGACUUCGAGCGGGAAUUGCAGUCGAAAGAGGAUCUCGAGGGCCUCGCAAAGACGUUGAAUGAGCUGAGAAUGCGGUGGGCUGCGGCAACCGGCGCCGAAGCGACGGCUGAAGUCCAGCGAGGUUGCACGAGGGCGCAGAAAAAGCUGAAGAAAUCCAAGUCGGGACUCGAGUCAACCGAUUGCGGGGAAGAUCCGAAGGGCGUGAGGCCCCAGAAGCUGGAUGACCUUCGGGCGCUGGAGAGCAAAAUGGACUCCCGGGGAGAGGCGAUAGCCAAGAGGGGCAACACCGUCCCCGCCGACGUUUUUGAGUCUGAAGGCCCGAUCAGCUCACCACCGCUCGACGCUGGAAUCAUACCUCUUCUGCACCGAGGUGGACGAGCAACGGCGGUGGAUGAAGAAGCACCCUCCCCUCGCUUCCUCAGACCUUCACAGCAACUUCUGGAAGAGGCUGGCCGUGAGCGAGGAAUCCAUUCGGAAGACGACCUCUAGGGGGC